GGGGAAGACGCUGACUGACACGGGGUGGCACAACAGUGUGGCACCACGGACGAAUGGUCGCUUGAUGCGGAAGUUUCUAGGAAAAUCCGGUGAUUGAGUGGGCUGUUGAUCAGUUUUUUUGUUUUGUUUUCUUCAGGCACAAUCGAAAGAUCAGACACCUUGCCGCCACUUGGAAAAGAAAACGUGGUACAAGGAAGAGAGAAGGGUUAUAUAAAGGAAACUAUUUCUCUGGUUUAAGUCACUCUGGUCAUCUGGGGCACUCAGUGAAGGAGCAAAGAGACAGGGUCUAGUUUUGUGUCAAGAUUAUUAUUUCGAUAGUACACAUUGCUCAACGAGUUCGUGCAUCUACUUCCUACCUCAUCGGCAUUAAAAAGGUGCCGGUCAAGACGAAACAUGGCGUCCAUGCUGACGUUGUUAACGGCAGUGAUUGCCACCGGGCUGCUCUACAGUAUCACCGGGUCCUCAGCAGCCCCUGCGGCCCUCGGCAGCCCGUCGUUCCUGGCGGUCAUGAAGGAAUUGGAGGAGUUUGUCCCGCGUGAAAGAAGAGAUACGAGGAGGCCUCCCAGUUUGAUUCCCACGAUGAGCCCAACCACACUGGGCACGGUGGGGACCACAUUGGGUACCAAGAGACACACCACAAUGGGUACCAGGACGAGGCCAACACCCAAGGCGGACAAGGUUGAAACUGCUGGCAAAGGCACUGAUGGUAAAAGCUCAACCGACACCGACACUGCUCUGAGAUUGAGGGGUCUGCGCGUGACGUCAACCAUAACAGCCCGCUUCGCCAAGACAGUUGUGACAUGUCACGUGACCAACCCAGCGAGUCAGGGUCAAGAGGUCAACUUUUACAUCGAGCUCCCUAAAGAGGCGUUCAUCUCGGGAUUUCUGAUUGAGACAGAGGGGAAAGUGUACCGUUCCAGGGUUGACGAGAAAGAGAAGGCGAAGGCGGCUUACGAGCAAGCCAAGCAACAGGGACAGACAACUGGGCAUGUGUCACAGACGUCGGAAAAGAGGAAUGACUUUACGGUGUCCAUCAACGUUGCCGCCGAGGGCGCCCUUUCAUUCAAUCUGACCUACGAGGAGCUGCUAAAGCGCCACAAUGGCUAUUUCGAAAACGCCAUUUCGAUUUCACCUCGCCAGCUUGUAAAGCAUCUCAUUGUCAACGUUCACAUCGAAGAACCUCAGGGCAUCGACGAAGGUAAAAUGGAUUUCUUUUUGGAGCGGCCCAGCUCGACAGACUAUGAGAAGGUUAUAGUGCGCCCUCAAUGGGCAGAGAUGAAACAACUUCAACGUGACCGUGUCCACGUGCAGUUUCACCCAACCACUGAGGAACAAGAGCUCCUCGCAUCCGAUGGCGUGCUGGGUAAAUUUAUAGUGAGAUAUGACGUCAUCCAUGGAGAAAAUGCUGGCAAAAUUGAGAUUGUCAACGGCUAUUUCGUGCACCACUUCUCCCCUGCUGGAUUACGUCCAGUUAGUAAAAAUGUGGUCUUCGUUCUGGACACCAGCGGAUCCAUGAGUGGUACCAAGAUACGGCAAACGAAAGAAGCAAUGGGGAAAAUCCUGACGGAAUUGCGCGAGCAAGACAACUUCGGAUUGAUAACGUUUGCGUCUCAGACCACAGUUUGGCGUGAGACCAUGAUGUCAGCGAAUAAAGAUAACAUCGAGUUAGCCAAGGGAAAGAUAAGUCAACUGAGAGCAAACGGAGGAACUGACUUACAUGGAGGGAUCGUAGCAGGUAUUGAUAUGUUGGAAGACUUCAAACGUAACGAGCUCGGGUCUGACGGUGCUUUCCCACUCAUCAUCAUGUUGACUGACGGGCAGCCAACCUCCGGUCGAAUCACACACACUGACGGCAUCGUUUCAGACAUCAAAUCGAGAAUGGAAGGGAGAUUUUCCCUGUUCUGCCUCGGUUUCGGCAACAAUGUGGAUUUCUCCUUCCUGGAAAAGCUCUCCCUUCAGAAUCGCGGUCUCGCCAGGAAGAUCUACGAGGAUGCCGACGCAGGGCUGCAGCUGGUGGGGUUCUUCGACGAGGUAGCCACCCCUUUGUUGACUAAUGUUGUCAUCAAGUACGAAAACACCAACAACGCUAUCCAGGUCAACAGCAUUUCCCAGAGCGAGUUCCCUGUGUACUUUGACGGCACUGAGUUGGUUGUGGCAGGCAAGUUAACUACUCUGCUCGAUGAUACCGAUGGUGAAGUUUCGCCAGAACCGGUGAGGAUUAUCUGCACAGUCCUUGCUACAUCCUGGGAAGAUGAAAUUAUACUUGAAACCGAAACUGAAGUCAAGAAUGAGACGGAGGGUAUGUUGAGUCCACGAUCCGUUGACGACUUUGCGCAGAGAUUGUGGGCAUUCUUGACCAUUAAGGAACUUCUACGCAAGCGUAGUGCAGCCGACGGCGACGCCGAGAAGGCAAACCUGACGGAGAGGGCGCUAGAGCUGUCUCUCAAGUAUCACUUUGUGACGCCACUGACGUCAUUGGUGGUGGUGAAACCAGACGAAGAACCUAUGAUUGAUGGAGGGCCAAUUAGAAUUCAGGACGAAAAUUACCAGGAUCAAUUACCAAGCAUACAACAAGUAUCAUCACAGGGGAGACAUUUUUUGCAACCCGGCCCAAUCGGUCGGCCCUACAGACAAAAAAAUUACGGCUCAAUUAGUCGGGGGAUCCCUGUUUCGACACCGCGACGCCACCGUCCUGUGUUGCCUACGUCUAGACCACGGCGAACACACAGUGUCUUCAUGCCUACAAUGAUGAUGCGUACAACGACUACAACGGUUCCAACUACGCAUACAACGGUUCCAACUACGCAUAUAACACGCACCACGCUCCCAGCUUCGACAAGAGUGGACGAGAAUGCUAAUUUCUUGGUGCGUGAUGGACAGACCAACGUCACAAUGUGCUUUGAUGUCAUCGCGGUGCCUGGAGAUAAUCUGAUUCUGCUGACAUAUCCUUUUAACGAUUUGGAAGUCAAGGCUCAAGUAGCAAGUGCGUUGAACAGUCACUCAGGGAAUGGCCCCGCCCCGCUAAUUAUCGAACAACUCUUCGUGAAAGUUGGCAGUCAACACAUCGUUGUCUCCACAAAACAAAUAUCGUCUGCAAAUGGCACAUUCUCAGUCCCUUGGGUUGGCAACCAUAUUCGGUUAGACGGCGGUUUGGUUAUAUCGGUGUCUCAAGAUGGUGCCCGUCUGACCCUCCAGCCAAGUGCAAACAUCAGCCUCGUUGUGACAAAGCAUGUAGGGCGCCACCAAGAGGAUAAAGCCGAUUAUUUGGGAUUCAGCACGGACAGUGGUGAAGGGUUUAAUGACUCUGUAGGAGGUUUGAUUGGUUCCUUCGUUGGCAAAGAAAUCCGCCUCACCAAAGACAGUGGAGAUAUCAAAGGUUACAUCCGCAUUGCAAGUAAGAAACGACAAGAGGUCACACUAGAGGUCAUGCGGGACAUUCGGGAAGACACAGCUAAGUCAUGUUGGUAUUCUGGCAGUAAAUCGGCUUGAAGAAAAAUUAUGUUAGGUUAAAGGUCAGGCCAGUGCAGGCUUGGUUAAGAUACAACAAAUCAUUGUUUAAUAGUCUGAAAGUUUAUGUGAAGUCCAUAGUUGAAAUGUUGUUCUUCUGUGUUUCCCUCUCAAAUGAAGUCGUUUAUUGAGAAAACUGUAUUGAUAACAU